AGGUGACCCAGAGGUGACCGGUGACUAGUGACUACCCAGCAUUCGCCGCCGAAAUCAGUGAAAUACACCUGUCUUCCUUCCUUCCUUCAUCCGCCACGUAAAAUUCGUACAUGAUUCAUCUUUUGCGUUAACUAUGCUGUCGAGUCUACUGGCAAGAAAUCAGUACUCUUCACGAAUUCCUUCCUUUCGUGAAGCGUUUUCCCUGCUGGCAGGUCGACCUUUGCGAUGGGUCCCCCAACUACUUGGUUUUCUUGUCGUGAUUUGGUAUUUCGGACCCAUAAUUCGUGGUGGUCCUCCAGAUGACUACAUCUAUGAAUUACCACUUCCCAUUCAGCAUCCACAUCUUCCACCUUUGUACAAGCCUCCCACGGCCUCAGCGAACGAUUGGAAACUAAGGUCUCAUCAAGUACGAGAGGCCUUCGUUCACUCGUACAAGGGUUACAGAGAUCAUGCAUUCCCUGCAGAUGAGCUUGCACCUAUGUCCGGAAAGAUUCACAACAAUUUCAAUGGCUGGGGAGUUACCAUCUACGACGCGCUGGAUACGAUGUGGAUCAUGGGUCUUACGGAAUACUUUGAGGAAGCAGUGAAGGUUAUUGGAGAAGCUAGUUACACAACUAAACCGAAACAAUACGUUCCCUUCUUUGAGACUAUUAUCCGACAUCUUGGAGGCUUACUAUCUGCCUAUGCGCUUUCCAAAGAUCCCAUAUUGCUUCAGCAAGCUGACAGAAUGGGAGAGAUGCUUCUCCCUGCAUUCAACUCUGAAUCAGGCUUACCUGCGUACGCCAUUAGCACUCGGACAAACGCGACACGGGGAGGAUGGACCGGGAAUACAUUAUGGGCGGAGGCGUUAAGCAAUCAAUUAGAAUACAAAUACCUUGCACAUAUUACUGGAAAACCCGAAUACUUCGAAAAGGCGGAGCGUUGCAUGCAACUCAUGUAUGAAGCUAACGUAACAGACGGUAUAUUCCCUACCCAAUGGAACACCAAAACUGGAGCUCCUUCAAAUAAUAAGUUCUCUGUAGGCGCUUUUGCUGACAGCGCUCACGAAUAUCUGCUUAAACAGUGGUUGAUGACAAGUCGUUCGGAGACGAAAAUCAAAGAUCUAUAUCUAAACGCUUCGAAGUCUAUCAUUGAACAUCUUCUCUAUAUCACCCCCAACCGUGAAAUGCUCUAUGUCACUGACGCCGACAUGCUCAAACCUUCCCCGCCAAAACCUAACGCAUCGCCCGAAUCUCCUAGAACCACCACCCAAGGCGCUACCUCUACACCGUCUAGCGUUCCCUCAGGAACAUUCGAACACUUAUCCUGCUUCCUUCCUGGACUUCUUGCGCUUGGUGUUCAAACUCUUGAUCUUCCCGAAUCGGAAAAGGAAAUACAUUCAUGGGCGGCAGAAGGCCUGGCGUACUCUUGCUGGUUGACCUACGCUGAUAUGAAGACAGGGCUGGGUCCGGAUGUCAUGUCGAUGAAGAUGUAUCCGAAAAAUGAAGAUGGUCUGUGGCUUCCCAGAGUGGAGAAGUGGAAACAACAGGGAAGGUCCGGGCGACCGCCGGGGUUGAGGGAGCCAGGUGCAGCAUCGGAAAAAGCUGGUAGAGAUUAUACGAUCUAUAAUAGGUCGUAUUUGCUGAGGCCUGAAGCUCUUGAAAGCUUCUACAUCAUGUGGAGAACGACAGGCAACCCAGUGUGGCGUGAACGAGGCUGGACUAUUUUCCAAGCCAUUGAAAAAUAUGCCAAGACAGAAAUAGGUUAUGCCAGUAUCGUGGAUGUAGAUAAAUCUUCUACAAAAGCGCCCGUUAAAGAUGAGAUGCCCAGUUACUUCCUGGCUGAAACACUCAAAUACCUAUAUCUUCUCUUUACCGAUGAAGAAAUUAUACCCCUGGACAGGUGGGUGUUCAACACGGAGGCACAUCCAAUACCAAUAUUCGAAUGGACGGAGACAGAGAAGAAACUUUUCAACAUAAGCUAGCUGUUGUUUUCUCGCAUUGUCAAACUUGCUAUCGAUGCUUUCAUUCUAUUCGUACAUACUUCCCGCUGCUAUAAUCUCUAAUCAUUCCAUCGUUGUACCACUUAGGACUACGUGACUGAAGUCUACACGUGAAGUGUCCAUUAAGUGGUCCGUCACUGAGAGGAAACUUGUGGUCAAGCAAGUGUAUAAGUGGUGUAUAAUUCACAACUUCUUCGAUCUCUGAGCAUCUAUUGCUGAAUCCCGAGUCUAGCUCCUUUCGCCAACUAAUAUAUCAUAUGUGCAGAAAAGGGCUACAGCGUCGCAUUGAAAAGAAGAGAAGUUAAGGAAGUAAGCGCUACCUGAGCGCUACAAAG